AUGCAGCAUCUUACAAUGUUAACUGAACUCGACCUCUCAUAUAACGCAAUUGAAAAUCUUGAUUCUUGGCAUACCAAGCUGGGUAAUGUGAAGCAGUUGCACCUUGCCGGCAACAAAAUAUCUUCUUUGAACGGACUGCAUAAAUUAUAUUCACUGGAGUUCUUGGAUGUAAGAGAUAACAACGUGUCUUCUCCUGAAGAUAUCAAGUCGGUCGGAAGUCUUCCUUGUCUGGAUCAUCUUAUUUUGCGAGGCAAUCCUAUCCGGCAUGUGAUUGAGUACAGGACGAAAGUUUUGGAACAUUUCGGAGAAAGAGCUGUCGAAGUUUGUUUAUCGUCAUCAAUGAAAGAUUUUUGCCUAAACUGA